AUGUCAAGUUGUCCGCAUGAACGUCACUACCACGCGUUUAUUGAAAAAGCUGUUGCAGGACUAAUACAAGCUCACAGUGUCUAGAGUACAAUGAGACAUGAACAUGGAUAUUCUGAAAAGACCUGGCAUCCCUGAAGACGCUGUGCAGUAUAAACUGUUUGUGGUCGCUGCUGACCCCUCAGCCCCGGAGAAAAGCCUCCAGCAGAUCCUGCAGGACAUCCUCGCUGAGAUCACGCCUCUCCUUGUGCCCUACAUCUGGCAAAAUCAGCCCUUCAAUCUCACACAGCACCCGGAGAAAGGGGAUGUGCCUGCACAUCUGGGAGGUGUUACUGAGUUCGGUGAUAAUGUGGAGGACGAAUGGUUCAUCGUUUACCUGCUCAAACACAUCACACACACCUUUACUGACAUAGCUGCUGUUGUCUAUGACAAUGACGGACAGUUUCUACUGAUUGAAGCUGCUGAACACCUGCCAAAGUGGCUGGACCCUGACAGCAGUGAAAACAGGGUAUUUCUGUAUCAUGGAGAGCUGCACAUAAUACCCAUGAGCAGUUCUUCUGGAGAGGUGGGCUUUUCAAGAGAUUGCGUGCCCACUGUACGUCAGGCUCUAGAGGUGCUGCACUCACACACUGACCGAUGUUUGGCCAAACAGACCAUAAGAUCUGCUCUGAACCAGAGGAUUCAUGGGUAUCCAGAUAAAAUCCAGCAGAAUGUCCACCGUGCCCACUGUUAUGUGCCUGCAGGCAUUGCUGUGGUGUUGUCCAGGAGGCCUGAUCUUAUAGCCCCUGCCGUGUCUGCUUUCUAUCUGCGUGACCCUGUUGAUCUCCAAGCUUGCCGAACUUUCCACACCUUUCCCCCUGACACCAGAGUCAUGACGUCGGUAAAGUUUACUCGAUGCUUGUAUGCACAGCUGCAACAACAGAGUUUUGUUCCAGACCGGCGGAGUGGUUUCAGUCUUCCUGCUCGCUCUCAUCCCCAGUACAGGGCUCACGAGCUGGGCAUGAAACUGGCCCAUGGCUUUGAAAUCUUGUGCUCCAAAAAUGGAGAGUCUUCAUCAGAUCAAGAGCCUUCAGUGAGCAGUAACCCAUUAUGGAGAGGAUUUUUAGAGAGCCUCAAAAAGAAUGGAUACUUUAAGGGGAAUCUAGAAGGAUCUGCUCGAUACAAAGAGCUGAUGACAUCAGCGGAGAGUUUCUUCAGACAGUCAGUGACAAGAACUCACCGGCCUGAUAUUCAUAAUCCUGGUGGUGAGGUGUUAAAGGUGUUACAAAGCGCCUCCUACAGUCUAGAAGACUUAAAAAAACAAGAAGCAAAUCUGCCACCAGAGGACAGUGAUGCGUGGCUGGACAUCUCGCCUCAGGAGCUGGAGAGGCUGCUGGCAGAGCGAGGAGGUCGAGGAGGGACUGGUGAAGAGGUGCAGGAGGAGGAAUCGGGAUACAGUCUGAUCGCUGUGACUCAAGGCAUGAAGAACUUCAUCAAUGCCAUGUCCUCGCAUGAAGGAGCUGAAAUACCAAGAUCCUGCUUGGCUGAGCCUUUUAGGUUUGAUCCAGAUUCAGUUACUAGUGCCCUUGAUAGACUUCUGGGAGCUAAAGAUGAUGAGCUAGACUCUGAUGACUUUGAAGAUGAGGAUGAUGACGACGAUGAUGAUGACGAUGAAGCAGUGCAGAGCAGUGUCCCUCAGGAGCAGGCAACCGGUGCAGAGACAUUGGACAAUCUCAGGAAAUACAUGGAUGAAAUGGACCAGGAGCUGCAAAGCACAAACAUUGGCAAAAGCUUUACCCAGAACAACAGAUCCAGCAAUAAAGCUGAGGCAUCUAAAAGCUCAUCUUCCACCUCGGCCUCAGAGCUGCUUGAGGAUGAAAUCCAGCCGCUUGAUGUGGAUCUCAACCUGGUUACCAAUCUACUAGAGUCUCUGUCCUCUCAGGCGGGUCUGGCCGGUCCAGCAUCAAACCUACUGCAGAGUCUUGGUCUUCACAUCCCACCUGACGCAGAUCAGCCCUGAAGUGGUGAAGAGACUUAUCUAACACUGCCCACUCACGCACACACUCAUCGGUCCUUCACCUACUGCGCCUCUAUAUGCUGCCUGUCAUUUAUGCUCCACACCCUGAUCUGAAAUAGCAGUCCGUACCCUGGUGUUUCCUUUGACACACAGCACUUCUAUAUUUAAAAAAACCUCCAAUGGAGACUUCUUAUUAGAGCAGUUACAAGGUAUGAGAAGUUGCUGAUCAUGAUGUUUUCAAUCAAAUAUAUAUCUUUUUGAUUAA